AUGGGACUAACUCCCCGGCAAGCAGUCCUCGGCCGGCAGCACGCACCCAGGGUUUACAGCCCCCAGCAUACCCCCGCAACCACACAAACACAGCACACCAACUCCACUGCAACGACACCCCAGGGAGAAACACCGACCAACUCAGCUCCGCCAUCACAACUUAGCCAAUCCAAAUGCCGUGACCACACAUCCAAAAACGGUACACAACCCCCCACCCCACACACUGCAACUCCUCCAUGCCACCCUCCAGCCUGCUGCCCUGCACUCCCUGGGCACAACAGCCAACAAAGCAGCACAUCGCCAAACCCGCCACCAAUUGGCAGGAAACCACCAGCAGCAGGCUCAGGAACCUCUGAAGAUCCAGCCAUGGACCCAGGCCCCCCUAGAUCCAAGGGCACACCACACCUCAGCAGAGGCCCGACAGAGCCAGGGUGCCCAGGCCCCGCCAAGCAACCACCAAGAGUUCAGUUUCUAGACCAAGCUCAAGCUCCUUUGGAGAACUUACCCGACCACGCCUUCCACGCCUUCCACGCCAAGACUUCAAGUUUGGAUCCCAAGUCAAGUUCCAGCUGGCAGCAACUGAACUCCUUACCUCCAGCUUCCACCGAGCGAACCCUGUCCACCCUCCCACGAGUGGCACCUCCGGACUCCGUCCUAAAAAAGAAGCACCAGAUCUAA